CCCACCUUAAACCAAUCUCCAUACAAUCAAUCAACUCAACCAAACAACCCUCAUCCUUACACCAAAUAAUCAUUCCACCACGAAACACUCCCCACUAAACCACCGGAAAAAAGAGCAAAAAAUAGAAAGAAAGAAAGAAAGGCCAGACAGAAAUGCCCCCCACCCCCCAAACAACAAAACUAACCUCAACCCUCCACCUCCUUAUCCCCCGACUUCGUCUCCUCCAAAAGAAAUCCACCGCCAGCUCCGUAAUCCAACGCCGCGAACUCUCCCAGCUCCUAUCCGAAAAUAAAGACGCGAGCGCCCGCAUCCGCGUUGAAAAUGUCAUCGCCACCGACAUCGCCGUCGAAGUCAUGGAGAUGGUGGAGUUAUACUGCGAGCUGAUCCUUGCGCGGGCAAACGUGCUAGAUCAGAAUGCGUUCAGCGAGAAGGGUGUUGAGGCUCGGAAUCGGGCCAAGGAAGCGUGGGUAGAGAUGAAGCGGAAAGAACAGGGUCUAGGAUCGGGAUCUGGUUCUUCUGGGCCUACCACUGGUAAGGGCGAUGCUGCUGGGAGUGGGAAGAGAUCGGGGUUCGGGUUUGGGGCGCUUUUUGGUGGUGGUGGGGCUUCGAAGAAGGAGGAGGACACAUCGUCGUCAACCGCCGGAGUGCAGAGUGCCGGGGAUGAGGCGUAUAUUGACUCCGCGUUGGAUGAAGCCGCAGCGGCGAUUUUUUAUGCGUAUCCCCGGUUUCCGGCCGAUGUGAGGGAGUUAACCAUUCUGAGGCAAUUGUUAGCGGAUCGGUAUGGGAAGGAGUUUAUGACGCUUGCGCAGGAUGAUCGGUUUCCGGAGGCGGAUGGGCUCAGGGUUCCGGAGAGGUUGGUGAAGGGGUUGCGGGUGCGACCGCCGUCGCAGGAGUUGGUGGAGAGUUAUUUGAGGGAGAUUGCGAGGGCGUAUGGGGUUGUGUGGGGAGGGGAUGCGGAGGAGUUGGGAGAGGCACCGACGGAGUUCGUGGAUGGUGGUGAUAAUAAUGAUGCUACUGCUGGGGGUGAUGUACCGGUGACGCCGCGGAAGGAGGGUCGGCCGGCUGAUGUCGAACGGAGGAUGUCGGAGACGGCGGAGUUGAAUCGUGCUACGCCGCCGAAGGGGCUGCAGUCUGGAAAGAGUCCGGUCAGUGUUGCGCCGCCGGGACCCCGGUCUGAUAACCCGAAUCCGCGCGUGAAGGUUCCGGAUGGGAAUGGGAAGGGGGAGGCCGAGGUGGAGCCCAGGAGUCCCUCCAAGACGAGCAAAGGAGGGAUUCCGGAAUUGGAUGAGUUGACCAGACGCUUUGCAGCGCUGAAGAGGUAGUCUCUUUGUGUUGUUUUUUUUUUAUCAUCCCUUCUAUCUUCCUGUCUGGUCUACAUGCUUACGAUAUUGAUAUCCUGAACGCACUGUCAUGAGAGAUUCUAUGUAUUAUGUAUCACGAUCUAUCGAACCACUCCCGCAAUUUUCUUUUUGUCAUCAUACAUCAGAGGAGCAAGCGAGCAUAUGUCACAGAAUAGAAAUGAAAAGGUAUCCGAGCAAUGAAAGCACCGCUAUGAACAGACCGGCACAGUGGUAAAGGAAACGAGAGAACCAACCGGGCACCAACUAUGCAUGUGUCCCCAUAUGUACAGUAAGUUGAGGCAAAGAGAAAAAAAAAACCAAUAUAGAACGAGACAAAGAUAUAAAAAA